ACCUCCGCCAUGCCCAAGGCUCGCUUCAACCCCGAGCGCCACCGCUCGCGCGUGCGUCACAACCCGCUGGCGCGCAGCGGCGAGGCGGGCGCCUCUGCCAGCACGCCUGCCUCGAGCACGCCCGCGGCCGGCAGCAGCGCCGCCGCCGCGGCCGAGCUCUCCAUCCCGCUGCUGCUCAAGCUGCCGCUGCCCGGCACACACGUCGAGCCGGCGCCGAGCAGCAGCGACACGCACUGGGCGCUCUCGUCGCUCUCGCUGCUGCUGCUCGAGAAGCCGGCGCGCCGCGUGCUGCUGGCGCCGCAGCACCGCCUGCUGCCGCGCCUCGUGCGCGCCCUCGAGCACGACGAGCCCGCCGUGCGUGCAGAGGCCAGCGGCGCCCUGCGCAACGUCUGCAUCGACGCUGGCUUCGCAGAGCGCACCAAGCUCGCCGACAAGGACACCUAUGCCGUGCUGGUGCGCCAGAUGCUCGCCGUCUCGCACGCCCUCGACGGCCAGGCUGCGGCGCCGCAGCAGCCGCGUGCCGCGCCCGUCGUGCCGGACAAGCCGCUGGAGGAGAUGAACCGCAAGGAGCGCAGACAUGCCGCCAAGGCUGCUGGCGCCGGUGCUGCCGCGGCAGCUGCCGGAGCAGACGGCGCCCUCGAGCGCAUGGACGCUGCCGAUGCGGCACAGGACGAGGAGGAGCUCAGUCCGCUCUACGCGCACCUGACCAAUCUCUGCGUCGUGCUGUGGUGCAUUCUCGAGGCGUCGUCGGCGCAUCUGGCGCCCCUGACGCCUCACUUCGCCGACGUCAUGGAGGUGCUCUGCGCCACCAUUCGCCGCGCCACUGCCGCCAGCAACGUGCAGCGCGGCGAGGGCGGCGCGGCUCGUGAGGCCGCGCGCAUCCGUGCCGCCGAGCGCGAGGCCGGCAUCGCAGCGGCCAACACGCUGCUGACGCUGACGGAUGCACAUGCGCUCGCUGCCAUUGCGCUCGUGGGCGUUCCGCGCAGGGAGCUCGACGAGGUGCUGAACCAGGGCAAGAAGCCGAACCCGAAGCGCUCGGGCCCGGCUGCUGGUCCCGACGUGUCGACGAGCAAGGGCAAGCGUCAGCUCGACAUUCUCGGCGAUGCAGUGGGGCAGAUCUUGUCUACGCUGAUGGCCGGACCCACCCGCGAGAGUCUGCAGCCCGUCAGCCUCGGCCUGCUGGCGCUCGGCUCCCUUCGCAACGCCUCCAACUCGUUGCCGCCGGCAUUGCGGUCCCGCAUCGUGCUCAGCGCUACAAGCCAGUUGCCGCCCCAAGUGCGAGCGCAAGCCGGCAGCAUGGACAUGUCGCUCGCCGACUUUGAGGCAGAGUUUGCUAUUGCGCCGCUGCUCGUCACCAUCGAGACGCUCGGCGAGGAGUGGAAGGCUGCGCCGGCUGCACCGCCUGUCAGCGCUGGUGCGGAUGCACAGAUGGAGGUGGAGGGCAGCACCGAGACGAGUGACGCUGUAGCGCCAACGCAGACUCGCGCCGAGAUCAAGAGCGAGGAGCUGGUCGGAGCGCUGCAGCUGGCUCUCGAGGUGCUGGCCGAGCUUGUGGGCGCCGUGGGCGUGGCGCACCUGGCCGCAUCGGGGCCGGACGACAACGACGAUGGAUGGGCGGAGGAGGGCGAUGACGAGGAGAUGGCGAUCGAUGGUGAUGCCGCCGACGGCAUGGAGGAGGAUGCGCCCGCCGCGGCCGGCGUGGCACUGCCCACGUCUGCCGACGAGUUCAGCAAGCAUCCUCUCGCGAAGUUCGCGACUGGCAUCGUGCCACGCGUGAUGCUGUGGAUGGCACAACCUCCUUCCUCACCCGUCAGCGACGCAACACAACUCGAGGCGGUCAACUCUCUGGCAACGCGAGCACUCAGCGUCCUCUCCAACCUCUUCCACGGCCUCGCCGUCAUGGCGCCUCCUCCGCCCUCGGAGCCUCGGCCAGAGCAUGCGUCGCUGCACGCCAGCUUUGCGGCCUGGCGCUCUGCCUCGCCUGCAGUGCAGCAGACGUGGUGUCAGACAUUUGAGCUGGCACUGGCGUUCGGAGCGCAGGGCGAUGCUCGGCGUACGGCACUCGAGGCGUGCAUGAACGUCCUGUACGCUCUCUCGCGCUGCUUCGAAGGCGCCGCCCUGCCCGUGCAGCCCGCUGCGUUCCCUUCUUGCCCACUCGCCCAAGCAUCAAGCGGCGCGCUCGAGGCACUUCUGGCUGCCGCAGCGCCUGGCGCGCCCAUUGGCGACGAUGCGCUGCGCGUCUCGGCCAUCUCGACACUUGGGCCGCUGGCGCGCGGCGGAAGCGUCCUGGCGACGGACGUGGCGCGCAUCGGCGAUGCACUCGUGCGCGUCGCUGAGAGCCUGCCGGCGCCCGGAGAGGCAGCCUCGGCGACGACUUGCGGGCCAGAGGCGGUGCUGGCGGCUCUGGACGCUGCCAUCGACACGUUUGCCGACGAGACGAGCCCGUGGGAUCAGCUGGCCUUCGUGCAGCCUGCUCUGCUGCCGCGCCUCAAGAAGCUGCUGCCGCGUGCUCGCGCCAUGGCUCGCGCGAUUGACAAGCGCAAGCAGCCGCAGCUGCGCGAGAGCGCCGACGGCACUGUCGACAACCUCAAGGGCUUCGUCGCCUACCGCGAGCAGUAGCAUGGCUCAGCGCCGGCACUUGAAUGGCAUGAGUCUUGUGCGUGAAUGGAGU